GGGCAUAUAUUUAUUAUUAUAAAAACAAACACGCGCUGCGUUCUGAUCUCUCGUGGCUCUACCUUUCUCUGUUUCUCGCCACCGUCUUUAGCUCACAGUCCCCCAGAGGCCAAAGCCGAAGCCUUUAUAUAAAUCCGAUAACAGCCAGAACCCAAAAAGAAGCUUCCUUGCAACGCCCGAGGAGUAGAGGGAUUAUGAGGAAGAGGGAGAGGGAGAAUCCAUGUGGGGUUUGUGGCCACUAUCACAAAUACGAGGAGGGAGAGGUCUGCGGCAUCUGCGGCCACCGUGUUCCGGCUGUUUCCGAGAAAACGGCGAUCCAAGUUAGCGCCUUUCCGUCCGAGAUCCUGCCGGAGUUUCUCUACUUGGGCAGCUACGACAACGCCUCUCGCUCCGAGCUUCUCAAGACUCAGGGAAUCUCUCGUGUUCUCAACACGGUACCUACUUGUCAAAAUCUUUACAAGAACUCUUUCACCUACCAUUACCUUCAAGAUGACAAAACUUUGCAAUUUGAGGAUGCAAACCAAUUUUUAGAGAAAUGUGAAAGGGAUAAAGCUCGUGUUUUAGUGCACUGCAUGUCAGGAAAAAAUAGAUCCCCAGCCAUCGUAAUAGCUUAUUUGAUGAAAUCGAGAGGAUGGAGACUAGCACAGGCUUAUCAGUGGGUCAAAGAACGAAGACCAGCUGUUGAAUUAACUGAAGCUGUUUAUCGGCAACUACAGGAGUAUGAGGAGAAGAUCUUUGGGUCAAUUGACAGUACCAACCAAACGUUGGCGGCCUUCCCGCCAGUAGCUGCACCUUCAUUUGGCUUUGGUUUCCCCAAAGCUAGUGAUGGAGUUCCUAUCCCUGCAUUCAACAAUGUGAGCGCUCCCUCCAUUUUUGCUAGACCCACCUCAGAUAUCCCUCCACAGGAGUUUACAUUUGGAGCUGGCCAGACUCAAAGUAAUAUCUCAGGAAGCCCUUUUACUGCCAGUCCUCCAAAUCCAAAUGCUACUGAUAUUUCUAUGGAUAGUACUUGAGAUUGCUGUUGCUACACCCUUUGCGGAUCAACUGUUGGAUGGAAGGAAGUUAAGUGCUGACUCCAAUGAGUUUUUUUUAUAUUUGGAUGUAAAGUGGGAGUGACUGCUCAUAUUUUCUUGACUUUCAAUGAAUCUUUAGUUCACAAUAUUUGACAGGGCGGUAAUAGUAUGAUGGGUUUUUUCUCUUC